UUGGCUGAGGUGGGCCCUCCUUACGCUCUUUAAAGCUUCCACUCACCUCCAGGGCUAAAAAACUAAGCUCAUCCUUGAUCUGUGAGUACAUCUAGUGUCCUGCGUCUGACCGGCUCUCAUUUUCGACGAAAUCCUAAGCUGUAAACAUGGAGCGUAUGGAGCUGAAGAAAGUGAACACGGAGGCGGAUGAUGAAAGCAGCGUGGACGAACGCUUCACGCCCAUCGAAUCAGAGAAGGCCACCAUUAACAGCUCACUUCUGGAGGAGGACGACGCAGAGAGUCAGAAGUUCCUCACCAAUGGCAUCAUGAAGAAGAAGAAAUAUGAGGAAGAAGAACAUCACCCGGGUCACGCUUCGUUUGGGAUGUCCGUCUUUAAUCUCAGUAACGCCAUGGCCAACACUGGCAUCAUACUGUUUGUCAUUCUCCUGCUUGGAGUCGCUGUCCUGUCGCUGUACUCUGUUCAUCUGUUACUAGUGACGGCCAAAGAAGGAGGCUCGCUGAUCUACGAGAAGCUCGGGGAAAGAGCGUUUGGAUGGCCGGGAAAAAUGGCAGCUUUUGGAUCGAUAACUCUGCAGAAUAUAGGAGCCAUGUCCAGCUACCUGUUCAUAGUCAAAUACGAGCUGCCGGAGGUGAUUCGAGCUUUUCUGGGGCUGGAGGAGAACUCUGGUGAGUGGUAUCUGAACGGGAAUUACGCGGUGGUGUUGGUGUCCAUCGGCAUCAUUCUGCCACUGUCUCUGCUGAAAAACCUGGGGUAUCUCGGGUACACCAGCGGCUUCUCUCUCUCAUGCAUGGUGUUCUUCCUGGGAGUGCUGAUCUAUAAGAAGACGAUCCUGCCCUGUCCUCUGCCGUUCUUCUACCAGCACGAGUCAAACAUGAGCGUGAACGGCUCGGAGGCUCUGGGUCUGUACUCGCUGCAGAACGCCUCGGCGCUGGCGUAUAUCUCUGAAGCUCAGCCGGAUCGUCACGCUCCGCUGCACGACCCGCUCCACAGCGCCGUCCAGUUCACGCCUCACCCCCAGGACCACCAGGACAUGUGCACACCCAAAUACUUUGUGUUCAACUCACAGACCGCUUACACCAUUCCCAUCCUCGCCUUUGCCUUCGUCUGUCAUCCUGAAGUUCUGCCCAUCUACAGCGAACUCAAAGAUCGCUCUCGGAGGAAGAUGCAGAAGGUAUCAAACCUGUCGAUCCUGGCGAUGCUGGUGAUGUACCUGCUCUCCGCUCUGUUCGGUUACCUGACGUUUUAUGAUCAUGUCGAGGCAGAGCUGCUCCACACCUUCACAAAGGUCUACAAGUUUGACACGAUGCUUCUUCUGGUUCGUUUGGCUGUGCUGACGGCGGUGACGCUGACCGUUCCCAUAGUGCUGUUCCCCAUCCGUUCUUCAGUCAUCACGCUGUGUUUCGCUGGAAAAGAGUUCAGCUGGAUCCGACACAUCCUCAUCGCCGCCGCUAUACUGGCCUUCAACAACCUCCUGGUGAUCUUCGUCCCCACCAUCAGAGACAUCUUUGGCUUCAUCGGUUCGUCUGCAGCCACCAUGCUCAUCUAG